AUGAAUGAAGCAUUGAUAGAGGGAACCUUUGCGGCUUUAUAUCGCCUGCCACGCCGUCGCCUUCAAUUGAUCUUUCUCGAUGAAUUCGAUGGUCUGUACGAAAUCUUCGAAGAAUUACAAGAUGAUCCUCACUGCAACGGCCUGGACGACGACCGAUACCAACGGUUCCUUGGGCCUGUUCCAUCUCACAUUGUUCGAGCAUUUGUCAGGUUGGAUGAAGGAGAGCUUUCUAAUGAGGACGCCUUCACAAGAGAUCCACUUGAAACACCCUUGAUCCAAAUUUAUGCUCUCUGGAGGUCUUCGAUUAGAAGUCUUCACACAUUCCGACGUGCAACCUUCGCUUUCUUGGACUCUCUGAUUGUAUCCGACGCGACUGCUGCCGCCGCCUCGCCCGACGGUGAAGCUUUGGAAUGCCAAAUUUGUGCCGAGGACAUCAUUCAACCUGGACAGAUCAUUCUGCAACUUCCCUGUCACCCCACCCAUCUCUUUCACCGCGAAUGCCUUCAACUAAUUUCAAUCCUUUGCUGUUGCAGCCCUGGCUUGUAUCGGCCGACACCUGCCCUGUUUGCCGGGCUGUGCUUGUUAUGCUUCCUCGUCAGCAGCCCGCCCCCCACCUGA